CCUCAUGUGAGACACCUCCUGCGCGAGCCACUCUCCGACGUUACCUCUGCAGAGGAAAACGCAAUGGAUCCCUGAACAUUAUUUUUUUGUUUUGAUUUAAAACUUCCACCUCCUUUCAGUCGCGGUGAACUGUAUUCGCGUCCCGAAAGCUGCUUUAUCUGACAUUUGUUUAAGGCGUAACAGGGCGGUGCAGCAGCGAUGUGGAUCCAGGUUCGCACUAUAGACGGGAAGGAGACUCGAACCGUGGAGGAUCUUUCUAGAUUGACCAAAAUUGAGUCUUUACGGUUGAAAAUACAGGAAAUCUUCAAUGUGAGCCCACAGCAGCAGCGCCUCUUCUACCGGGGGAAGCAGAUGGAAGAUGGACAGACACUGUUUGACUACAACGUGGGCCUUAAUGACAUCGUUCAGCUGCUGAUUCGCUCUCAGACCGACCCACCGGACAGCCCCUCCACCAAGGACUCCUCGGGUGUCGCCUGCAGUUCGACUCCCCCCGCCGAGUCCAAGUCGGAAAGCCAUAACACCCCAGCUCCCAUCUCUCCGGACGACAUGGAAACCAACGCCAGUAAAGACAAUGACAGCAGCAGCACCAACACCAGCACUGUUCAUGCAACCAAGCCAGACACCAGCGCUACCAGUAACUCAAGCAGUACCAAAAAUGGGUUCAAGUCCUCCAGUACGGCGUUGGACAUGCAGCCUCCCGUGUCCAGCAGAAACACACUCAUUGACCCGGGAAUCGGCGUGUUCAUGAUUAACGAGCUGGUGGACUGCAGAGACGUCAGCAUCGGUGCCUGGUUUGAGGCCUGCAUCGAAAAUGUGACAAAGCCUCCCAAAGGACAGAUAACACCCACCAAGGGCAAGGUGGGCCGGCCUUCAAAAAGGACUAAUGGAAAACUGGAGGCUGAACAGGGACAGGCCCACAGCCAGGGCCAAAACACAGACAGUAACAGGAAUAACGUUGUGUUAAACUCGGACAGUAAUGGAGCCUCCACCUCCCAGACAGACUCCACAGCUGCUUCAGAGAGCAAGGAGAGAGAAGACGACGUAAUAUACCACAUUAAAUACGACGACUAUCCGGAGAACGGCGUGGUGGAGAUGCGAUUGGCGGACGUGCGGCCUCGUGCCCGGACCCUGCUGCGGUGGGACCAGCUCGAGGUGGGCCUGCGUGUCAUGGUCAACUACAAUAUGGAGACACCAGAGGAGAGGGGCUUCUGGUUCGACGCCGAGAUCCAAACGAUCAACCAAGCCUCUCGCACCAACAAGGAGCUCCGAGUCAAGAUCCUCCUCGGGGGUCCUGGAGAUAUUAUUGGGGACUGUAAGAUUCACUUUCUGGAUGAAGUCUACCAGUUGGAGAAACCAGGAGCUCGUGCCCUCUCGGCUGCAGACGGACAAUUCAAACGAAAGAGUGGGCCAGAGUGCAAACACUGCAAGGCGGAUCCCGAUACCGAGUGCCGCUUCUGCUCCUGCUGCGUGUGCGGCGGGAAGCAGGACGCUCACAUGCAGCUGCUGUGUGACGAGUGCAACAUGGCAUUUCACAUCUACUGCCUCAACCCACCGCUGGCCACCAUCCCAGACGACGAGGACUGGUACUGUCCCACCUGUAAAAAUGACACCAGUGAGGUUGUGAAAGCGGGAGAGAAGCUCAAAGCCAGCAAGAAGAAAGCCAAGAUGCCUUCGGCAACGACUGAGAGUCAGAGGGACUGGGGAAAGGGUAUGGCUUGUGUGGGUCGCACUAAAGAAUGCACAAUUGUUCCUUCAAACCACUAUGGACCCAUACCUGGUGUUCCUGUUGGAACCACCUGGAAGUUCAGAGUACAGGUGAGCGAAGCAGGUGUUCACAGGCCACAUGUCGGUGGAAUCCAUGGGCGCAGUAACGACGGCUCGUACUCUCUGGUGUUGGCCGGAGGCUUUGAGGAUGAAGUGGACCGGGGAGAUGAGUUCACCUACACGGGCAGUGGGGGGCGCGAUCUCUCAGGAAAUAAGCGGAUUGGAGAGCACUCAUUUGACCAGACCCUGACACACAUGAACAGGGCUUUGGCCUUAAACUGCGAUGCACCUCUGAAUGACAAAGACGGGGCAGAGUCCAGGAACUGGCGAGCAGGGAAGCCGGUGAGAGUCGUGCGCAGCUCCAAAGGUCGACGCAUCAGCAAAUACGCGCCUGAGGAGGGAAACCGCUACGACGGUAUUUACAAGGUGGUUAAGUACUGGCCAGAGAUUGGAAAGUGUGGAUACUUGGUGUGGCGAUACCUGCUGAGACGAGAUGAUGUGGAGCCAGCACCGUGGACACCUGAGGGACAAGAGAGGAUCCAUAAACUGGGCCUCACUGUUCAGUACCCGCCGGGCUACUUGGCAGCCAUGGCUAACAAAACAAAGAAGGAGGCCUGUGCUAGGCCCGGUCGCGGCGGCCGUGGCAAACACUAUACUGCGAGGGGAAGGCCGCGGAGACAACGUAAGAUCAAAGAGAAGGAGGAGAUGGAUGAGGAAGAGGAGGAGGACAUGCUGCCCGAGGCCAGUAUGGUGGAAGAGGACGAGCCACAGAGUAACGGGGAGCAGAAGACGAGCAGAGAAAGUGAGUCGUCACCGGCACCAGAGCCUCCUUCUAAGCGGGUGAAGGUGGAAGAGACCUUCAAGCUCUCGGAGCAGCAGCAGCAGUUGAUCACAGAGGACACGGCCAACAAGAAACUCUGGGAUGAAGCCAUGGAACACCUUAAAGAGGGACCGAAUUUCCUGCGCAAGAUGGAGCAGAUAUUCAUGUGCGUGUGCUGCCAGGAGCUGGCCUUUCAGCCCAUCACCACUGUCUGCACACACAACGUCUGCAAGACGUGUCUCCAGCGGUCGUUUCGUGCUCAGGUGUACACCUGCCCCGCCUGCCGCCACGACCUGGGCAAAGACUUCAUCAUGACCCAAAACAAGGUGCUUCAGGUGCUGCUUGACCAGUUCUUUCCGGGCUACAGCAAGGGCCGAUGAGAUCCAAAUCCCACGUACCAGUAGAAUAUACGUACAUUAACGCACACAAGCAUCCGUUCAGUGCACCGGUGCAGUGUACCUAGAGCUCCACUUUUAAAAGCAUUGCGCACACUUACUGUACUUACCCACGGGCAAAUGUAUAUUGCAUAUACAACCAUAAACGUAUACAAUCAUUCAUACACAAACAACCUCAGUAGGGACUGACCUUAUCUGUUGAACGGGGACUGUUUUCCAUUAACCAUCACCAGCCUGAAAUUCAACCAAGGACAUUUUUAUCCUCCUUACUCCUGCCACAAAAACGCACAAAAGAAAUCCCCAACUCAUGCACUCACUCGUCACCUGACUAUCUUAGCUCAUUUUGUAGUUUUUCCCUUCCACUGUUCAGUCCACUGGUUCCAUAUAUAUAUAUAUAUAUAUAUAUAUAUAUAUAUAUAUACAGUAUAUAUGCACGUUUUUAGAGUGCAUAUUUCUCCUUGAGCAAUACCAUGAAAGCGGCCAUUAUAUUCCUGCCAACCUGUUAGCAUUUUGUGUACCAUUUAUACAGUUUUACACGCGUUUUAAGGUGCUACAUUAAUCCGGUGAUGUAGUGCGCUGGUUAUGUGACUGGGCUCAGAGUUACACCAAGGUAGAAAGAUCAGAAUUCACAUGCAUUUACCAGGAAAAUCAUGUCAAAUCCAGCACACUGUUCUUUUUUUCACCUUGGAGCACUUUAUCCCCGACAUCAGGAGUAUACGUUAGCAGCACGCAAGCUCCGCAUGUGUCAUCGGGACACUGCCGUUUCCAUUUAAAUUAGCGAAUGUCUCAUCAGGGUUCAAAUUUGAGAGCACUUAACACAACAUUCAG